GCAGAAGCUAGCUACAAGCUCCUUUAUCAUGAUACCUUGCCCAUUGUACAACCGCUUCUUGUCUGAUGAAAAACAAGAGAAAUAGAGCUUAAAAACGAGUAGCACUAGCUUUGCUACAGAGUAUAGCCCUAAAAAUAUUUGAUUUAUAGAAGAUAGACAGCUAAAAGGAUAGGUUUUAAAUGCACACCAACAACCGCCUUUAACCCUUUCUUUCUUUCUUUCUUAUACCUUGCAGCGCUAGCACUAGCACAUUCUUUCUUGUAAUUCCUCUCCUCUCAAGUAAAACACAAAACCCCAUUUGUUUGUUCUCUUUCUUCUCUCUCUGUCAACUCAAACUCUCUUUAACUCCAGUUUGAGCUUGCUUGUUUUUUCAAUUCUGCGUUGUCAAGUAUGAAUAAACAGGAGGUUAUGAAGAUGCAGCAGACUCAUAUUUUGAAAGUGAACAUAGAGUGUCACUGUGAUGGAUGCAAGAAGAAAAUAAAGAAACUGCUUCAAAAAAUUGAGGGGGUGUAUACUACCACAGUAAAUGCAGAGCAAGGGAAGGUAACUGUGACAGGAAAUGUAGAUCCGGCCAAACUCGUUAAAAAGCUCGAGAAGUCGGGGAAACAUGCAGAGUUAUGGGGAGGUCAAAAGGGCUCAAACAACUUCCAAAACCUUAAUAAUCAAUUCAAGAACAUGCAAAUGGGCGGUGGCUGUGGCGGUGGCGGUGGCAAAGAUAACAAGUCUGGGAAGGGUGGAAAAGGUCAACAAGGACAACAAGUACAGAUGAUGCAACAACAGCUGAAAGGGUCUAAGGAUCCAAAGAUGCCUCAAAAUAAAGACCAGAAGUCAGUUAAGUUCAAUCUGAAUGAGGAUGAUUUUGAUGCAAGUGAUGAUGAAUUUGAUGACGAGUUCGAUGAUGAAUUUGAUGAUGAGUUCGAUGAUGAAUUUGAUGAGGACGAGGAAGAGUUUGGUCAUGGUCAUGGCCAUGGCUUGCCUAACAAGAUGAUGCCUAUGAUGGGUAAUGGCCAUGGACCUAAUGGUAUGCCAAACAAGAUGAUGCCGAUGAUGGGUAAUGGUCAUGGACCUCAUGGUAUGCCAAACAAUAUGAUGGCCAUGAUGGGCAAUGGCCAUGGGCCUCAUGGUAUGCCAAACAAAAUGAUGCCCAUGAUGGGCAAUGGCCAUGGGCCUCAUGGUAUGAUGAGUGGACCUGGGUUUAUUGAUAAAAAGGGUGGCGGGGGUGGGGGAGGUGGCGGGGGUGGAAAGGGCAAGAAAGGUGGUGGCGGUGGUGAUGAUGUUUUUGAGAUACCUGUGGUAAUGAAGGGCAAGGGAGACAACAAAGAUGGCAAGGAUGGUAAAGGAGGAAAGAAAGGUGGAGGUGGUGAUGACAAGAACGGUAAAAGCAAGGGGGAGAACAAGAAACAAGAUGGUAAAGACAAAAAAGAUAGUAAAAGAGGUGGUGGGUUCCUGGGCUUCGGUAAGAAGAGUAAAAAAGAAGACGAUAGUAGUACUCAUAAGACUGCUACCAAUAAUGGCAGUGCAGGUGUACAUGGAAACAAUAAUGGCAAUGGGCCCAAGAAAGGUGCAGGCAAAAAUGGUGGGGUCCAUGAUAUUAACAAGAUGAAACAAGGGUUCCCUGAAAUUGAUGGAGCAGGUAAUGGUGGUCACAAGAAUAUGGUCCAUGUGGGUCAGAUGGGUCCAAUGGGCCCCAUGGGUCCUAUGGGCCCGAUGAAUACAAUGGGCCCGAUGGGCAAUUAUGCUAGGAUGGGUAAUGUGCCAACAGUGCAAGGACUGCCGGCACCAGGGGCAAUGAACGGUGGCUAUUAUCAAGGGAUGGUGGGGCAGGGGCAGGGGCAGGGGCAAGGGCAGGGGAAUCCUUAUAAUCAGCAAUACAUGGCAAUGAUGAUGAAUCAACAAAGGCAGCAGCAAGGGAAUGAAAUGUUUCAACCGAUGAUGUAUGCGCGCCCUCAGCCGGCCGUUAACUACAUGCCGCCCCCCAUGCCGCCUUCUAUGGCGACCGAUCAGUACACGCACUUCUUCAGCGAUGAGAACACCGAAAGUUGCAGAAUAAUGUGAAUGUGAAGUUGCUGAGAGUAGUUAGCUAAAUCAUGUCCUUGUUUUGUUUUGAUGGGUUAGCUGUUCUUCUUGUUGUGAUGGGUGCUAAGGUUUCAAAACAUCAAAUAUGCCUAUGUGACUUAAAGAUAGGGGCCAAUUCUUUAUUUCACUCACUCCUUGUGAUAUAUUAUCCUUCAAACUACUUUGAUUUUUA